CAAAACCGUUUGUUGUCCAUUUACGAGGCUAUCCUGGGAAAUCUCAGUCGUUUCCUGAAAAACCUGUUCAUGCGUGGGCUUGACUUCGCCAAUUAUCCACCAUGUCCCACACUGUUCCGCCGAUUCUCUCUGUUCACCCCACCCGUGCUCUGGUCGAUGAGAAGUUCAAGGUGGUGGUGGAGAACCUGCCUCCAGGAUCUCCAGUCACACUUCACUCCCUCCAUCAAUCUGAGGACAAGCACUACUGGGAGGCCUACGGACACUACGUCGGUGAUCACAGAGGAAGAGUGUCUGUUGCAGAGGAUUUGAGUUUUGGGGGCACGUACACAGGAAAAGAACAGAUGGGUUUGUUGUGGAGUAUGCGUCCCGUCCCAGGCAGCCGUCAAGGCCUAAGGUUGAGAAAGAGGGAUGUCUGCAGUCCCCUGCUGGUCAGCAUCUCCGUCUACAGCGGACAUGUAACUGAGGGCUUCAGGGAGCAGUCUCCUCUGGCCUCGUCACUCACAGAGAGGUGGUACAUGGCUCCAGGGGUCCAGAGGAUCAAUAUCUCAGAGACAGGAGUACGAGGGACCCUGUUUAUACCUCCAGGUCCUGGACCCUUCCCUGGACUGUUGGAUAUGUGGGGAGGUGGUGGAGGGCUGAUAGAGUAUCGUUCGGCCCUGCUGGCGUCCCAUGGUUACAUUACUUUGGCGUUGGAUUAUGUCGGCGCUGGUAUGCAGACGUCAGCAGAAGAAGAGUUCAAAUAUUUUGAGACAGCGUUAGCUAUCAUCAGGGACCAUCCUCAAGUGAUGUCGGACAGAGUUGGAAUAUUUGGUCUUUCUCUUGGCUCCACUGUGACCAUCUAUUUGGCAGCUGAGAGCAGAGUUUUCAAGCCUCGCUGUUGUGUUUGUGUCAGCGGCACCCACCUUUAUAUACCUGGAGUGUCACUCAGUGAAGUCAGUGGAUUGCUGUACAUUAGGAAUGCCCACAAGGAACGUUUGGAUGAGAACAACCAUCACAUAUGGAGAGACAUGUUUCUACCAAUCACCAGUAAUCCCGCAAUGAAAGUGGAUGUGGGGAAAAUAAAGUGUCCAGUGUUGAUGGUUAACAGCCUUGAUGAUCUGAACGUGCCAGUGGCGGAGUGUGCUGAGGAUAUGGCCCAGUUGAUGCGUGCUGCAGGGAACGAACACCUGCUGACCAGACUUGAAUAUCCCGGUGCCGGACACCUGAUUGAGCCGCCCUAUACGCCUCACUUCAGAGUUACUAAUUUUAGAAAAAUGGACACAAAUGAGAUAAUUGUAAUGGCGUGGGGAGGACAAACCAAGCCCCACUCAGACGCUCAGGAAGACUCCUGGAAGAAGAUCUUAGGUUUUCUGGAGCAGCAUCUCUACGCCAGACCAACCCUCCAUGCCAAGAUGUAAACAAUUCCAGAAACAAAAACAGGUCAUGUUAACAACCUGAACAUGACGACAUGUUUAUUGGUUCGUCACUAAGUGGACCAUGUGCCUUUCUUCUGAUGAACUGAAGUGCACAGAAUAUAUGAUCACACUAGGUUGAUUGUUUUGGUCAAAUUCUAUCUGUGAUUUUACUAAUUUGUGUCCACAAAGCCACAUCAACCUUUGAGAUAUGGCUACAUGUGACAGUAAUAUUAACUUGUGUAAUGUCUGGGCACGUUCAACUGGUAGGAGGCCCCAGGGCAGACCCAGAUUACAUACAGUAUCUCAUCUGGCCUGGGAACACCUUGGGGUCCCCCAGGAGGAGCUGGAAAGUGUUGCUGGGGAGAGGGACGUCUGGGGUGCCCCCACAAUCUAACCCUGGAUAAGCAGAUGAAGAUGGAUGGAUGGAUGGAUGGAAGAAAAAUAAUUUCAUCAUAAAUUAUACUGUACAUAUAUAUUAUUAUAGAAAUAUUUUAGUAUAUUUAAUGUUAAAUGGCCUUUUUUCAUAAAUCAAGAUUUUGUACACUAAUUAAAUGAAUCAACUUUC